CCCUCCACUCUCCUCACCACUCACCACUUCUUCAUCUCUCCUCUCGUUUGCUCAAAUGGAGAUGCGGAGAACCGAACACGAAGCAGCUGUUUCACGUUCAGACGAUUGUAAGAUCGUUGCCGAUACUCCUCCCGAUGAAUCCUAUGUGGUCCUCAGGACAUCCACUGGAGUCCGAAUCUCUUCUCAAUUAAACGAUGAAUCCAAGUCGGUUCUUUCCGAUGCUAUGCCGGUGAAAGCCGAGGAGGUAACCGGUGACGGUUCUGUUACUCUUGGUGAUGAUGUAGAAUCUGAAUCUUUAGAGUUCCGUGUUAAGGAGGAACCUGAUUUGGAUUUUGAGACUCAAGAAGAAGCAAUGAUGAUUGAUGAUACUGUAGAGAAGCCUAUGGUGGUUGUUGAAGCUGUUUCAAGAGGCUCUGGCAACGAGUGUUUGGAUGUGGAAUCAGAUUCUACUCAUGUGAAGAUGGAAGUGAGAGAAGAGAAGCCUGUGUAUGUGAAGAAGGUUAAUACACAGGAGGUUGAUGCAAGAAAGGCGAAAGUAGAAGAUGGUGAUUUCCCGGUGGAGAGAGACUGGUACUUGGUUGGGAGGUCUCUUGUCACCGCGACUUCCACUAGUAAAGGAAGGAGACUCGAAGAUAACGAAGUUGUGAAUUUCGCAUUUCCCUCUACUCUCAAUUUGAAAGUUCCAAACAUUGUUCGCUUCUCUACCAAAAGAUGUGGAGAGAUUGGUAGGCUUCCAAUGGAAUGGUCGAACUGGGCUGUUAGUCUUUUGAGAUCUGGUAAAGUCAAAAUGCUAGGCAGAUGUGUAGCUGCGCCACCCUUUCUCCAAAUGAUGCAAGAUAUUAUGCUAUAUGUCAGUUUCUACAUUCACAGCUCCAUAUUCACUGAUGUUAGCAAAUCCACUUGGCGGAUUGGUUCUUCACCUAACAUCGAGUCCACGCUUCAUCCUCUUCUUCAGCUUUUCAGACACUUGACAAUCAAACCCUACCAAAAGGCACGUACCAAACUUUCAUGUUCCAUUACUUUUUUUUUUUGGUUUCUGUUUCUCAUUUUGUAUAUCUUCAAGCAGGCUGAGUUUACUCCUCAGGAACUUGACUCUCGCAAACGCUCCCUCAACUUGGAGAAUGACUCGGACGAGAGAGCAGCAUUGUUGGCCAUAGCGAAAAGAAGAAAAGGUGCUCCACUGUAUCUUGAGCACAACAACAAAGAUGAAGAAGAUGCUCCUGACUCAUAUAUGAAUCGUGUCGUUGGCGCUGCAGAUUCAUAUAACCUGGAGGAAAUGGAAGCUCCAAGUAAGCUCACCUGCAACCUGAGACCAUACCAGAAACAAGCACUCUACUGGAUGUCAGAGUCUGAAAAAGGAAUUGAUGUUGAUAAAGCAGCUGAAACUCUCCAUCCUUGCUGGGAGGCUUAUCGAAUCUGUGACGAGUAUGUGCUUACAACAAACUGUGCAUUUGUUCAAGUUAAUUCAUCUAUAAUAACUAACGUUGAUUUGUAUGUGAUUAUAUUAAGGAGGGCGCCUUCAAUUUAUGUGAACAUCUUCAGCGGUGAAGCAACAAUCCAGUUUCCAACAGCUACACAGAUGGCAAGAGGCGGAAUAUUGGCAGAUGCCAUGGGACUUGGAAAAACUGUGAUGACGAUUGCACUGAUACUUGCACGGCCAGGCCGAGGUAACCCAGAAAUUGAAGAUGACUUGGCGGCAGAUGUUAAUGGAGAUAAAACUAAGAGGAAUGAGAGUCAUAAAGCACUAACGUGUGUGAAGGCCAAAGGAGGCACUCUUAUUGUUUGCCCCAUGGCAUUGCUAAGCCAAUGGAAGGUGAAUUGCAGCUGUUUAUUCUUGGUUUUUAUAUUUUUUUUCAGAAAAGUCUCAUGGAUUGUUUUCACUUUGUUCCAGGACGAGCUUGAGACUCAUUCAAUGCCUGACACUGUGUCUGUGUUAAGUUACUACGGAGGGGAUAGGACGCAGGACGCAAAAGCUAUAGCGAGUCAUGAUGUGGUCUUGACAACUUAUGGUGUCUUAACCUCUGCUUACAAGCAAGAUAUGGCGAACAGUAUUUUCCACAGAAUUGAUUGGUACAGGAUUGUUCUUGAUGAAGCUCACACUAUCAAAUCAUGGAAAACACAAGCUGCUAAAGCUACAUUUGAGUUGUCUUCCCACUGCAGAUGGUGUCUGACAGGGACUCCCUUACAAAACAAGCUUGAAGAUCUUUACAGUCUUCUAUGCUUCCUUCAUGUCGAACCAUGGUGCAAUUGGGCUUGGUGGAAUAAGUUGAUUCAGAAGCCAUAUGAAAAUGGUGAUCCACGAGGACUAAAGCUAAUCAAGGCGAUUUUGAGGCCAUUGAUGCUGAGAAGAACAAAGGAGACAAGGGACAAAGAAGGAAGUCUAAUUCUUGAACUUCCUCCAACCGAUGUUAAAGUCAUUGAAUGUGAACAGUCUGAAGGAGAACGUGACUUCUAUACUGCCCUUUUCAAGAGAUCUAAAGUCCAGUUUGACCAGUUUGUGGCACAAGGAAGAGUUCUUCACAACUAUGCAAACAUCCUUGAGCUCCUCCUCCGUCUACGCCAAUGUUGCAACCACCCUUUUCUAGUUAUGAGCCGGGCAGAUUCACAACAGUACGCUGACUUAGACAGCCUCGCAAGGAGAUUUCUUGACAACAAUCCUGACUCAGUUUCUCAAAGAGCUCCAUCUCGGGCCUACAUCGAAGAAGUUAUCCAAGACAUACGUGAUGGCAACAGCAAAGAGUGCCCAAUAUGUCUGGAGUCUGCAGAUGAUCCCAUUCUCACACCUUGUGCUCACAGAAUGUGCCGUGAAUGUCUCCUUACUAGCUGGCGCUCUACUUCUUGUGGUCUAUGCCCAAUCUGCAGGACUGUACUGAAGAAAACUGAGCUCAUCUCAUGCCCAACGGAGAGUAUAUUCCGCGUUGAUGUUGUAAAGAACUGGAAGGAGUCUUCAAAGGUCUCAGAGCUUAUAAAAUGCUUAGAGAAGAUUCGGAUGUCUGGUACGGGAGAGAAGAGCAUUGUGUUUAGCCAGUGGACUUCGUUUUUGGAUCUCCUGGAGAUUCCUUUGAGAAGAAGAGGAAUUGAGUUUCUUAGAUUCGAUGGGAAGCUUGCACAGAAGGCGAGAGAAAAGGUCUUAAAGGAGUUCAAUGAAACCAAACAGAAAACAGUUCUGCUUAUGUCUCUGAAAGCUGGAGGAGUUGGUCUGAAUCUGACCGCAGCUUCAAACGUUUUCUUAAUGGAUCCAUGGUGGAAUCCGGCGGUGGAAGAGCAAGCAAUCAUGAGAAUUCAUCGCAUAGGGCAGAAAAGAACUGUAUGCGUCAGAAGAUUCAUUGUCAAGGAUACAGUAGAGGAACGGAUGCAGCAAGUUCAGGCGAGGAAGCAGCGGAUGAUUGCUGGAGCUUUGACUGACGAAGAAGUCCGGUCGGCCAGACUUGAGGAGCUUAAAAUGUUGUUCCGAUGAGAAAUGAUAGAAAGACUUUUUAUUUACUUUAGUAAUGAGUUAUGCCUUUUAUUCCAUUUUAAACUGUUUUGUAAAUAGCAGUAGAAAUUGCAACGGUCCGUAGUGAGUUUGAUAUUUCCAUUCUCUUA